AUGCCAAAACAAAACGUGUCCUUUACACGGGCCGAGGAUGCCAGGCCGCUCGUUGACUCACCGUCGAACCCUGCAUUGCCCGGGCAGGCCAGCGUGGCUUCCACCGUGUCUCCUUCGCCGUCGUCGUGCUGCUCACGGAGGGCGGGGGGUUCAGGCUGCGGCAGUCGCGGCCCGCGCCGGCUGAUGGCUGAACGCUGA